UAGAUCAUGUAAUCUAGUGUUGGGCAAUCAGAUAAGAGUGUGGGAUCUACCUGGUGUUUACCUAAUGUGUGGUGUUCCCGUAUCACAUAGUCGUGUGUGAUACGUGGCACAGGGAUAUACGUCUGUCACAAAAAAUAUCAAAUCUGGAUAUACCAUGGCAGCUGGUACAAAUAUCAUGUGGUUGAUACAGAGGACUGCUCGGUUGCUGCUUGCCGUGAGUCUGGUAAAGAACAGCGCCCCCUCCAUUAGCUGGUUUGCUAUGGGAGAUUUGGCAUCCAAGAUGUCUAUGAUCACGAAGGAAGAAGCUUUGCCAGGGCGGAAUGAAGGGCUGAAGGUGUCACCAAAACACGCUGUUAAUGGAAACCCAACUGUACCUCCAUUCCCAGAAAACAUGAAGAUGGCCAUGAUCGGUAUGGGAUGCUUCUGGGGAGUGGAAAGAAAAUACUGGAAGGAAAAGGGCGUCUACUCUACUCACGUUGGCUAUGCAGCCGGCUACACCAAGAACCCGACAUACAGGGAAGUGUGUACAGGCCAGACAGGGCAUUCCGAGGUCGUCAGAGUUGUGUACGAUCCUGAAAAAACAAACUUUACAAGGCUGCUACAGGUAUUCUGGGAGAACCACAACCCCACGCAGGGCAUGCAGCAGGGGAAUGAUUCCGGCACUCAGUACCGAUCAGGUAUUUACUACUAUGAUGACGAACAAAAGCAACUGGCUGAAACAUCCAGGGAUGCCUACCAAGAGCUGCUGACGAAAAAAGGCUAUCCUCAAAUUACCACUGAGAUCCUACCAGUCCCGGAGUUCUACUACGCGGAAGACUAUCACCAACAAUAUCUGUAUAAAAACCCAGGUGGAUAUUGUGGGCUGGGUGGUGUCGGGGUGUCAUGCCCUGUAGGAGUGUUUGGAAAAAACAAGAAAAAAGAUGAAUUGUAGGGUCUUGUAUGGGCUCCCUUUUACAAAGUUGUAUAUGUGCUACUUUCAGGAUUUUUUCUCACCUCAUUGUACAUGGCUCAGGACCAAUUCAACAUUGAGAUAUGAUGUCAUUGUUCAGGUUUUCAGUCAUUGUGCUGCCAAUCAGUUUAGGAACAAGAUGUGUACACAAUUCACAGAAAUAAUCUUUGCCUACAGGUGAAUAUUGUUAUACAGAAACAUACUUAGAUCACAUGCAACACUUUGUUACCCUCAUGGAAUGUGUUAUAUAUCCUCAGAAAGUGGAGGUCAGGCUCGAUUGAUUGCGUGUCAAUACAUACAAUGUUUCAGAUUGUUGCUCUUAAUGUUUACAGAAUGAAAAUAGCUGGAAUAUCGAUGAAUGUGAUGAUAAUCAACAAACACGCACACUUGUUUUGGGGCAGUCAGAAUGUGGGCUCUUACGUCUUGUAACAAUACCAGUGAUAUUAAUAGUGAGUUAUUUCACUGUCCUUUAUUGCAAAAUGUGUACAUGGACGUAUAACCAGCAUGCUAGACCUGUUGGUGUAUCAUGUCCAAAUGUAGAACCAAUGUGAUUAUAUACUGCUCCAAACAAGUUAAGAAUGCCCACACUUGGAAGGCUGUGUUACAAUACCAACCAUACACGACAGAUGUCACAUAAAACACACAGGUUCUUUGAAUUUUUUAGUAGUGUUCUUUACAUUUUUUGCCGAUUACCCUUGCAGCAAUUAUAGCCAAUAGCCUUAUUUUUACUUUACAUUAGUGACAGAAAAACAACACAAUGUUGAUGAUGUAAUAAAAAGUAGUGAUUUUUCCCAGUACACCUGUGAUAUAUGUAGAUCUGAUGUUCAGUGGAUAUGUUUGCUACCUAACACUCUGUUCAUGAAGAUGAACAUGUAACAAUGUAUUCGACUCUCACUUGGUAUAAUGGUUCAGUUUGUUCAUAAAUUUGUAAAUAAAAUCUUCAGUGUACAAUU